UGUUGUACGAUUUAAGACGUUGGGCAAAACGAGAAUCAGGCUGUUUAUGGGAAAUGCUGUCAACUUGUUGGUUGUUGAAAAGCGUACGCGGCUUUAUGCGAGUUCGCACCGGGCUCCGGGGUUCCUUUGCAUUUUCACGCAGAAGGGGAUCGGCUUCCAUCUAGUCAGAUUUGGUCGUGGCUUGGUAUCACCGGCGAGCAGCUGUUUUAAUAACGCCGUGUCCCCUCGCUUAGCUGUCUAUCCGCGCUACAUCACAGGUUCCUUCAGACGGAAAAAUAAUUGGCCGUUUUCCCUCCUAGAAGGGAAGGGAUCCGGUGGGAUUUCAAUCCGUGGUUCCCUUUUCUAUGAAGCCAAACUAGCUGCUGAUUAUCCACACAGACUGCACUGAGUUAGACGCGAUAUUAGCAUUAAAUAGCUUUUUCCGCGCGCGUGAUUUCCUUCAGACAUGCAUUCAUACGUUUUUAAUCGAUUUGAGAAAAAUAAUAUAUUAACUUCCGAAAAUAUUGACGCUUUUAUUUACAUUUUUUUUAUCGUGAAUGUUGUCUUAAAUUGUAAAUAGAAAUUAAUUUUAAUCAUGGCAUUUGUUUAAGCAGGAUUUACUUUAUACGAAUUCGUGAAGACUAUUAUAAAUGGCUGCAAGGGGAUACAAACGAAAAUGAUAGUUUUUCGAUAAAUUCUGGCUAUCCAAUAUCACCGAAAAAUACACACCAGCGUCGGAUAAGCGACUUAGAAAAAAUACGCGUCAACACCUUUUUUUUGGGGUAAGGCAACUAAGCAGCACGGGCGACAAGUUUCCACUGAAACUUUUCACGCCUUUUUUCAAACACCCGCGAUUCGUUUAUUCUGUAAACAAACUAUAAUUUGUCACUACAUUUAUAAGAAAAGAACUGCUGUAGAAAGAGGGGGAAAUCAAGGUAUGCACAAAAAUUGUAUAUUUUUAAACGUUAGAUACUGAUUUGAAUAUUGAAAUGUUUAAAUGUUAAUUUAAUUUAGUCUUUAAAUUUGAAACGUUUUAUUGUGUUUAUAAACACCCUUAUGAAUAAUAUUGUUGUACAGGUAAAUUUUAAGUAGGCCUAUAUGUUUGUUUGUUUUUAUUUAUGCAUAAAUUGAUGUCCCCCUUUUCACACGAAAAAUAUUGAAACCGAUGGAGCCGUUGAACGCGGUCCAUGAUUAAUUAGUGAACCAUGAAGAAAGACUUCGGCCCAUAACGCACGUGUCAAGGAAAAAAAGACGCCGUAGCAGACUGCUAAUUAGAAACCAGUUAUCUCUUAAUGCGCUUGUGGACUCGCCAUUCAAGUUAAAGUAUAUCCAAAUAGGACGCGUCUGGCUUCAAUACACAACUAUGUGUAUGGGCCUUCAUAGAUAUGAGUGUGUGUAUGUAUAUGUGUUUACACACACACACACACAGAGGGAAGAUAAAACUAAAUUCAUGCGAGUUUCGGACGCCCAAAUCUCAGUCGUGCAUUGAAAGGCGAACAGUGGAUUUCGGGGUUGCAUCAGAUUAAUUGUUCAAUCAUUGAAGCUCCCACAUGAUGGUAAAUAUAUUCUAGGUAUUCAUCAAAGCAGUUUAAAGAAAAUAACUGUAAAUCGAUUAUGAGUUUUAGUGCAAGUCCUUCUCAAAUUCAACACGUAGCCCACUUCGCACAAACUAGUUUCUCGACGCAGAAUGAUGUUUAAAAGUGAAACUACGCCUUGAAAUGUUUUCUUGAAGGGUUCGGAGCCGCUCGUGUUAAUUAGCGUGUGUCUAAUUAAAUUAAUGUCUGCUUCGUUCGGCCAAUGGGCACGGGGAAAAAACGGGGGGACGUUUGCCACGGAUAUCCCGAAGCCCCUCCCAUGACGCUCAUGGCAAAUUAAGGAGGCGAUGGUAUAUAAGAACCCCGAAAUGAUUUUUUUAAAAUCACUAUCAGAUUAGUGGGAGUCGUGGAAAAAAAAAAAAGCUGGAGGUGUGGCUGCGUAGGGCAACCACGGACAGUAGCGGGGAAACGGGGGCCAGUGUAGCGUCUGAAGGCAGCCUUUGCGUUGCUUGGAGGCUUUUCUGCUGUGCCCUUCUUAAAGUCUCUGUCGCUUUUCAAGGAUGCAGUUGGGAGAGGGGAUUUUGCCCAGCGCAGCCGUCAACUUGCCCAAGACUUUUUACAACCUUUCGUCAUCGGACGGCAAUAACAGCCCUGGAUCAUCGCAGCUAGAAUUUCAAGACGUGGAUCGGACGGAAUCCGAACCAGGCAGCGGGCCCAAAAAGUACUUAAGCGGCGGAGGAAGCACUAUGCUGGGCGAGGGAGAGAACGAGAACUUCUCCGGAACUAAAACGACCUCUGAUGGAAGAAAAAGUUCUCCGGUCGUCGGGGAAGACGACCUUUCGAGUGGUAGUCGGUACAACAUAGACGGAUUCGGUUCCGAUCGCUAUUUUAUUUCGUCGUCGUCGCAGCAGACGACCGAUGUGGCCAGUCCGUGUUCCCUGUUCCCGUAUGCGAGUCAGGCUGGGACUGUUUAUCCCGGGUCCAAUGGAUCCAGGUAUUCGGCCUCUCUUCACUAUGGAUCUGUCCUGCCACCGGCGGGGUUUUCCUCUGCUGUUUGCGCCAGCCGCAGCCAGUUUGCCUCAGGGUAUCAAUUUGGACAAGGUCCUGGGUGUUUGUACCCGUCUUACGCGGGCACGGGGUCGGGUAUUGGCUCCGUACCGAUCACUGGAACUGGGGCGAGGGCUCAAGUUUACCUCUGCAAUCGGCCACUGUGGCUGAAGUUUCAUCGGCAUCAAACGGAGAUGAUCAUCACCAAGCAGGGCAGGCGAAUGUUUCCAUUUCUCAGUUUUAAUAUCACUGGGUUAAACCUCACGGCCCAUUACAACGUCUUUGUUGAGAUCAUCUUGGCCGAUCCGAACCACUGGAGAUUCCAGGGAGGCAAAUGGGUGACCUGUGGAAAAGCCGACAAUAAUAUGCAAGGUAACAAGAUGUAUGUCCAUCCGGAGUCUCCAAACACCGGGGCUCACUGGAUGAGGCAGGAGAUCUCUUUCGGCAAACUGAAACUGACUAACAACAAAGGCGCCAAUAACAGCACUCAAAUGAUCGUCCUUCAAUCUCUACACAAAUACCAGCCGCGGCUGCAUAUCGUGGAGGUUACGGAAGACGGCGUGGAGGACAUGAGCAGUGACUCAAAGACUCAGACCUUCACUUUCCCUGAGAACCAGUUCAUCGCUGUCACUGCCUACCAGAACACUGAUAUCACACAACUGAAAAUUGAUCACAAUCCUUUUGCAAAAGGCUUCAGAGACAACUAUGAUUCCAUGUACACAGCCCCCGAGAGCGACCGGUUGACCCCGUCGCCCACCGACUCGCCGCGCUCCCACCAGAUCGUGCCAGGUGCCCGUUAUGCCGUCCAGCCCUUCUUCCAGGACCAGUUCGUGAACAACCUUCAGCAGAACCGCUUCUACAACGGCGAGCGGGCCGUGCCGCAGACCAAUGGGCUCCUGUCGCCGCAGGGGGAGGACGGGACCCCGGCACAGCGCUGGUUUGUGGGCCCCAUGCAGCAGCCGGGCACUGGAAAGCUGGAGCUGGGGGCCUACGAGGGAGACUACAGCAGUGGGGGCCUACUGCCCUACAGCUUGAAGCCCCUCCCACUGCAGAGUCCGCACAGCCUUGGAUACUACGCUGACUCGGCGUUCACCUCCAUGGCCACCAGCUGGGGCCCCCGUGGCCCUUACCAGCGGAAGGUGGCCACAAGUCUGCCCUGGUCCCCACGGCCCAGCCCCCCAGGCUACUCUGAGGACCACCUGUCAGGCAAGGACAAGGCCCGGGAGGAGGAUGGGACAACGGCUCCCGGACCAGCCCCCACUUGGAUCGACACACCCCCAUCUCUGAAAUCGCUGGACUCCUCUGACUCUGGCAUUUACCCUAUGGUGUGUAAGAGGCGCCGGGUGUCCCCUAGUCACUCCAGUACAGAGAACUCUCCCACCAUCAAAUGUGAGGACUUGACCACUGAUGAGUAUAGCAAGGAGACCACUAAAAAUAUGGGCUACUAUGCCUUUUACCCAAGCCCUUAAUUUAAUUUAAUUUUAAUGUCGGUCAGAUUCCCUCCCCAAAACGUCCCUUGGACCCCCCCAGCCCUGAAGUCAGUUUGAGCAGCGUGCUACUGUGUAACUUAAGGUGCCAAAAUGUACAUCACGCAAGUCGUGCGAAUAUUUGAUCAUCGAUGUUACCCCAUCCCCAUUUAUUUUGAUAAGCAUGCCCCAUCCCUUAUUUUAUACAGAUGUGAUCUAUUUAUUGACGGCUCUUUCCUGUACAGUAUUUGUGCAAUGUACAAUGUGCGGUAUCUUGUACAAAAAUGUCUACAUGCCAGUGUUACAGAAAUCGAUAAUAAAAACGGCUCGCGUGCUUUUCAGAGUUUUCGUGGUCCUGAAGCCAUAGUUAAGGCUGUGUGCUGGAACACAUUAAGUAUUUGUCUCACCUCGUGCCAUCCGUGUCCGAACUUUUAGAAGUAGCCUAUCAGAUAAUAUUGGUGAAGGCGAAGCUGUGCUCGCGACGUUGAGGGGUAUGCAUUUGCACCCCUCUAAGUAACCUUUCUUAAAGUUUGAUUAAAAUUUUAAUUUUGUGACCAGG